AUGAAGGUCGUCACUUGGAACAUAAACGGUAUAAGGACUUUUAAAGCCGGGAUCAAACAGACUCUUGAUUGUCUGGACGCAGAUAUCGUCUGUGUUCAGGAGACAAAAGUGACAAGAGACCUGCUGGAUGAAAGGACUGCCAUUGUUGACGGCUACAACUCCUAUUUCAGCUACAGUCGAGGACGCAGCGGCUAUUCAGGGGUUGCCACUUACUGUCAGGACAGUGCCACUCCAUGUGCAGCUGAGGAAGGUCUCACAGGCCUGCUGACCAACCAUCAAGGUGCUGUUGGAUCCUAUGGUGACCUGUCUGACUUUUCAAAUGAGGAGCUGCAGCUUUUAGACAACGAAGGACGAGCCGUCAUCACACAGCACAAAAUCAUGUGUGAGAACAAAGAGCGGACUGUUACUUUAAUUAAUGUAUACUGUCCUCGAGCUGACCCUGAAAAACCAAAGCGAAAGCAGUUCAAGCUACAGUUCUACAAGCUGCUUCAGAGACGAGCUGAAGCUUUGCUAAAAGACGGGAGCCAUGUGAUCAUUCUUGGAGAUGUGAAUACGUCUCAUCGACCAACAGACCACUGUGAUCCCACUGAUAUUGAUGACUUUGCUGAAAACCCGGGGAGAAAAUGGCUAAAUGCCUUUUUGCACAGCAGCAACCAAGAAGAGAACCGUGAUGAAGCUGGUCCUGAAACAGAAUCAGAGGUAAAGGAUCCUGUCCGGCAAGGGAAAUUUAUUGAUACCUUUCGCUAUUUCCACCCAACUCGUACAAAUGCCUUCACGUGUUGGUCCACUCUCACUGGAGCCCGGCAGACUAACUACGGCACACGCAUCGACUAUAUAUUUGCGGAUUGUCGGCUCGUUGUAGAGCAGUUUGUGGCAGCAGACAUCAUGCCGGAGGUGGAGGGGUCCGACCACUGUCCUGUUUGGGCACAACUGAACUGCCCUCUCCUUCCCAGCUCCAAGCCCCCUCCCCUCUGCACUCGCUAUCUGCCGGAGUUUGUCGGCAAGCAACAGAAACUCUCGCUCUUCCUUGUUAAGGUGGACCAAAAACAAACUCAGCUUGAGCAGAAGUGUGUCUUACCUGGUUCUCAAGAAGAGGAGGAAAGAAGGGAGAACUUAAACCCAGUUCGAGUUGAUAAAAUCUCUGGUAAGAAACGGUCAUUAAUUUCAGACUCUGCUGUCCCAAAGGGGAAAAAGAGCAAAACAGCAAAUACCUCUGUAAAGCCACAAGGCAACCUUCUUUCAUUUUUCAAGCCUAAACCCACAAAUAAUAAACCAUGUGAGAAGGCAUCCACAACUGGUUUUGAUGGUUCAGCCCAGCUGUGCUCCAGCAGCGCCACAGUGGAAACUGGCCAACCAGUGAAGACAAAUAAUUCAACCUCUCAGCCCACUGUGGGACAGUCGGAUGUAAGGAAAACAGCAUCACUGGGAUUUUGGAAGUCUGUGCUUCAUGGUCCACCCCCACCCCCAUCCUGUAAGGUCCACAGAGAACCCUGUGUGCUCCGUACGGUGAAAAAAGAGGGACCGAAUGUGGGCAAACAGUUCUUUGUGUGCUGCCGUCCUCAGGGACAUGCCUCCAACCCCGAGGCUCGAUGUAAUUUCUUCACGUGGGUUGACAAAGGAAAGUGA